CCUCAUCUCUCUCUUUCCCUCCUCCCUCUCUCCAGACAGCACUGCCGCCGGCCUCCACCACCGCUGCCGCCUCUCCCCACCCACCAGCGAAGCUUUUUCAAUGGAAAUCUGUGAGCCCGUUGCCGUGUCUUUGAGAGCGAUUUUGAAGCACCCAAAUAAUCUUUACCCGCUUUUGAAGCUUAAAUUGGCGGCGAGGAGCAUCGAGAAGCAGAUCCCACCGCAACCUCACUGGGGAUUCUGUUACACAAUGCUGCACAAGGUGUCUCGUAGCUUUGCUCUUGUGAUUCAGCAGCUGGGAACCGAGCUCCGUGACGCUGUAAGCUUCUUCUGCUCUUUCUGUUUGUAAAAGUUCCUUUUUUUUGCCUUGGGAAUUUGAUUUAUGAUUUCUUUGAGCUACUGUGAUUCUUUUCUUCAUCGAAUUUCGCGAGGUCAAGACUCUUCCCUGCCUCCCUCUUUCCUCAUCCCUAUUUUUUUUCCAGAUCUGAUAGUCUCUACCGGUACCAAUACCACUGGUAGCACUAUUGGUACCAAUACCACUGGUAGCGCUAUUGGUACGCCACCACUACUCACUGGUACCAAUACCAGUGGCUCCCCUAUCAUCUGGUACCACUAUCAUCUGUUUGUUUUUCUUUGUGUGUUAUUCGCUACUGGUACCGCUACCAAUGCUAGUGGUAGCGCUACCAGUGCUAGUAGCGUUGUGUUAUUCUCUACUGGUAGCGUACCACUAGUACUGGUACAUUUUUUACUGGUACCGCUAGUACUGGUACAUUUUUUAACGUACUGGUAGCAUACCACUAGCACUGGUAUAUUAAUUACCAGUAGACUAAUAGAUUGGUACACUUUUU